GAUUUUGCGCUUUUAUUUUUUAGCUCAGAUGUCACUGACUGUGUUUAACGCGCAAGGCAAGAGUGGCCGAAGCUCACGCCAGAUUCUCUUCAAUGGAGGCCAGGAUCUCAUCCUCUCUUGGCCUCUCUUCUCCCAAUCCCAAUCCCCACCGCCACCCCACUGAUUUCCCCUCCAUCCUCAAUCACUUCGCCGCCACCGCUACAAACCCUCCUUUCGCUUCUACCACCGCCACCGCCACAUACGCCACCGCUCACAGCCCACAAUGGAUCUGGCCCACUUCAAAGCCCGCCCCAAAGCCCCAAACUUUGCUAAAAAACCUCACCGUCGUCGAGCGUGCACUAAUCGGCGCAGCCGGUGGCGGAAUCGCCGGCGCCUUCACCUACGUCUGCCUCCACCCGCUCGACACAAUCAAGACCAAGAUGCAGACCAAAGGAGCAUCCCAACUUUACAAGAAUGCCCUUGACGCGGUGGUGAAGACCUUCCAGCAAAAGGGUAUUCUCGGAUUCUACAGUGGCGUAUCUGCGGUUAUUGUUGGAUCCACCGCUUCUUCUGCAGUGUAUUUCGGAACCUGCGAGUUCGGUAAGUCAUUUCUAUCCAAAAUUGAAGGGUUCCCUUCUGUGUUGAUUCCACCUAGUGCUGGUGCAAUGGGGAAUAUUAUGUCUUCUGCUAUAAUGGUACCUAAGGAAUUGAUUACUCAGAGAAUGCAAGCUGGUGCAAAGGGAAGAUCUUGGCAGGUUUUGGUGAAGAUUUUAGAAAAGGAUGGGUUUUUAGGGUUAUAUGCUGGUUACUCUGCUACAUUGCUGAGGAAUUUACCUGCUGGGGUUUUGAGUUAUUCAUCAUUUGAGUACUUGAAAGCUGCGGUUUUGAACACUACUAAGAAGUCUCACUUGGAACCUGUUCAGAGUGUGCUUUGUGGCGCACUUGCCGGCGCAAUUUCGGCUUCUAUAACCACUCCUUUGGAUGUGGUGAAGACAAGGCUGAUGACUCAGGUUCACGGAGAUGCUGUGAACAAGGCUGCUGCUGUUGUGUACGGCGGGGUUUCGGCGACAGUGAAGCAGAUAUUAAAGGAGGAAGGGUGGGUUGGACUUACCCGUGGAAUGGGGCCUAGAGUUCUUCAUAGUGCUUGCUUUUCAGCAUUGGGUUACUUUGCAUUUGAAACUGCUAGGCUCACUAUACUGCAACAAUAUCUGAGGCAAAAGGAGUUGAGUGAAGUGCCUGCUUCUCCUAGCUGAGGCUCAUGAGUUCGGUAUUUCGGAUUCUCUUUGGUUCUCUCUUGCUUAGUUUUGCUUGUUAGGAUAUUGGUUACUGUUUGAUAUCUGUGCAAUUGACAUAAGUAGUUGCUUCAGUUAAAUACAUUAGGAAGUUAGUUAUCCUGUGGCUAAAUGCUAGCAUAGUUAAUAUGGUGCUUCAAGCAUGUUUUUAUCAUGAACUCAUGAUACCUCACUAGGCUAUAUGCAAGAAAUUUGUUGUAAUGCUUUCAAUUUGAAAUGAUCUUGCCAAUUUUCGGCAUAGUUUUCACUUUCCAA